AUGUUUUGCCACCUAGUUUUUGUCUAUCUGGGAUUGGUUUUCCAAAUUGAAGCAUUUAACAUCUCGCCGCAGCCAAAUCUGGUGAUAAAUUACCCAAAACAUCUGAAAACUUUUCAGAACCAAACGCGAAGCUCUUACUUUGGAUACUCCCUUGUCAUUCGGUCCACCACCAUAAUAGUGGGAGCACCUCGAGCUCAAUCAACAUUGGAACAGCAGAGCACACUAGACGAGCCCGGAGGGAUCUAUAUGUGCUCCCUGAAAAGCGGAGUCUGCGAUCCCUAUGUCCUGGAUAGCGUAGGAGAUGUUGAUGACCCUAGCAAGUGUACCACCUUUAACUAUCAACGCAAGGAUCAACAAUGGUUGGGUGCAUCUAUGGAUGGCGGGAUCCGGGAUGAGGAUAAUCUGCUCGUGUGCGCUCCUCGUUUUAACACACGUAGCUUGAAUAGCUAUCAUAUGGCUGGAGUAUGCUACUGGGUACCAAACACCAUUAACAGUACGCCUGACCGGGUCAUGCGCAUCUCCCCACUCCGUUUGAAAUCGCUGGCAGUGAUCCCUGAGGAUAAAGAAAAAGGCAUAAAGCCCUCAUUUUAUUACAUGUAUGGCGAAAUGGGACUGAGUGCCCAUGUGACGGAUGAUAACUCCAGAUUUCUAAUCGGAGCCGUGGGUAUUGACCUUUGGAAGGGAUCGUUGAUCUUGGAUUUUCCUGAAAACCAAUCCUCCGUAGGCCGCACUAUUCAAAAUGUUGACUCAAACAAUUGUGAAUUGGAGAACAAAAAUAUCAGGGUCCCCGAUCCGACUAACUGGGGUCAGGAAGAAGACUCCUACUUUGGUUAUGCAGUAAGCUCCGGCUACUUUGACAGCGACAGACCAUCCAAACUUCUCUAUGUGGCCACAGCUCCUCAUUCUAACUCUAAAGUCGGCGAAGCCUACAUCUUUGAUUUAACAGAGAAUGGAACAAGCAUCAAUAAGUACCACACCUUCCAGGGCGAGCAGUUUGGAGAAUAUUUUGGUUACUCCGUUUUGGUGGAAGAUCUCAAUGGAGACGAAAAACCAGACAUCAUUAUAUCAGCCCCCCAGUUAGCUCUGCCGGAUUCGCUCGAUGACGGUGCCAUCUACGUAUUUAUCAACAAGGGAUCUUUCAACUUUGAACGGACUAUUAUUCGGUCGCCAGCAGGCAGUAAUGGUCGUUUUGGAACCUCUCUAUCGCGUUUAGGCGAUAUCAAUCGAGACGGAUAUAAUGAUGUGGCCGUGGGAGCUCCAUUUGCAGGGAAUGGAUCGGUUUUUAUCUACCUGGGCUGCGAAUAUGGUUUGCGGGGUCAGCCUAGCCAGCGACUGGAAGAUCCUAGCCAGCUUCCUUCUAUGUAUGGAUCACACACGUUCGGUCACGGCCUCUCCCGCGGAUCGGACAUCGAUGGCAACGGAUUCAACGACUUUGCCAUUGGAGCACCAAAUGCUGAGGUCACAUAUCUGUAUUACACCUAUCCCGUCGUAAAAGUGAAAGCAACAAUCAAGUCGCAAUUGCGACUGAUCAAACCGAAGAAGGAAAAGGUGAAUAUCACCGCCUGCUACAGACUAGAGACCAACGCAACAAAGAUGCAGGAGCAGGAACUGGAUAUCCGGAUUACGAUCGAUGGACGUUUAAAGAAAGAUAAAUUGGAGAAGGAACAACCAAAGAUAAGCUUCAAGGCAGUUGCCGGUCCUGACGAGACUUGUAAACCCUUUGAGAUACAGGUGCUGUAUAAUAAACAAAUUUUCAUCGAAUUGGUGAUGCAAUACGAACUAACAAAGAAGGUUCCCGACUCGAGAGAGUUCUGCAAAACCUGUGCUUUAGUUGAUCCCAGUGAUCCGAAGAUGUUAAAAGAGAGAAUAUUCUUCAACACCGACUGUGCCACCGAUAUUUGUGUCGUUGAUUUGCAGUUAAUCAGCAAAAACUGGAGCUCUACUUAUGUUUUGGGCACUACUAAAGUCCUUGCUCUAAAUUACGAGAUCAUCAACCACGGAGAAACCGCAUACGAGCCUCGAUUCAACAUGACUACCUCUCCACGCGUGCCAUUCGCCAAAGUUCCAGGAAAUUGCCAAGUGACCAAUGCGGUCAUGGUGUGCGACCUAAGUCACGAAGGAUAUCUUACCAAUAGUUCUAGCGAGUCUAUCACUAUUAUCAUCGAUGUCAGCCAAGUGAGUGGAAAGUCGCUGUCCAUCCAGGCAGAGGUAUUUAGCUUGGGAUAUGAAAACAAUGCCACGGACAACAAAUAUUCAAAGGCGAUCGCUCUGAAGGAGUUCGCCGAUAUUGAUGCCACUGGUGGUCCCACAAACGAUAUUCCCUACCUAAAGUUCCCUUAUUCCGCGGAAAUCGUGAAUCAAUACGAGGUCAAGAGCCACGGCCCCAGUACUAUCGAUCAUCUAGCGAUGUCGCUAUAUAUUCCCGUGGCCUAUAGAAAGCCUGAUUCUACAAAAGUUAUAUCCAUCAUUGAUGUAUCCAGCCUGAAGAUGCACGCCAAAUACGACUUUCAUCUGCUUCACAUACAACUCUACGACCAGAAUAAUUUUCUGAUCAAGAACUUCACUCAGAUCGGGCAGGACCACGGGAAGGCCACCGUAUCUACAACUUGGAGUCAUAGGGAAACGACUAACACUAAUGAACUGCUCUUAAAGAAGAAUCCGGAUAAUACGAUUGUUGUAGACUGCCAUGAUACCAACACGGCCCUAUGCGUUCGUGCCGAAAUGCGGAUUAAGUUAAUGCCAGGUAAACCAGUUAACCUGAAUGUAAGCUUCAUGGUGGAUCUUAAGGAUGUGGAGGAUUCCUGGGAGUACUUUGUCAUUAACACCGAUCUGACUUUGCUUAAGAAGGGUGACCCCAUAUCCAGCUCUUUUAAUAUUAUAAAGAAGAUCAAAUCAAAUAUUAUAUACAAGAUUGCUGGACUGUCCAUCUGGAUAAUAAUUAUGGCCGUGAUUGGGGGCGCACUACUUCUUUGUGGAAUAACCUAUUCCCUUUACAAGCUUGGAUUCUUUAAACGCGCCGAGAAGGAAAAACUAAAGAACUUAAUUCGACAGAGUUUUCAUGAGCUGGAUGAGGAUGUAGAGAAGGAUAUGGAACCAGAACUCCACGAGGAUAACUUUAAAAAUUAAAAGAGUUUUACAAAUU